GAAAAUCUAAAAUAAGAAGGAAUGAUAGGGAAAAUUUUCAAAAUACGUUCAUUGACCUUGUUACUGGUACUUGGAAUAUUUAGUGUAGUGUUGAUUGAAGAAUGUGUAUCAAUGUCACAGUUUGUAGCCAAGGUAUUGGAGCUACAGUCGGGCGGACAGGGGCAAAUUCUUGAGCUUAGACAGCUGGUGUAUAAUCAUGAACGGAGACUUAAUACUAUAAAGGGAUUAGUAAACGAGUUAGAUGACUUAUCAGGCGAAGAGAUCCGGAACCCUAAUUUCACAGUUCAUCACCCACUGAACGCCUACAGGUUCAUAAGGAACCAUUCAGUUAUUUACAAUCAAACGGCCAUGAAACUGCUUGAAGAAGUUAGCCUAUACGAGCAAGAACGUGAAGAAAUGGACAAAAUCACAAGCAAUUUACCCGCCGUGCAAGCAGACGACAUUGAAGAAACAGUUCGUGGUAUAUUGGAGCUACAAAUAGAGUAUGACAUACACACAAAUGAUAUGGCUGGCGGUAUAUCCCUCGGGGAUAUUAGAUAUAUGAUGACCGCACAAGAAUGCUUUGAUAUGAUGGUGGGGGCUUAUCAAUUACAACAACAUGACCUGGCAUUCGAAUGGAUGGGGGAGGCGUUGAUGAAGACAUCUAGAGGGGAUACCAGUACAAGUUCAGAUGUCAUAUUAAACAAAGCUGUUGAGAUGGCUGCAAAGCCACAAGCGCAAACUACACUACUAUUCUGUCAAUAUAUCUCAAACAAUCACCCUUUACUUAUUUACCGCCCCGUGAAAACAGAACUGUUGUCCUUGGACCCUGUUAUUGCUGUGUAUCACGAAUUGUUUAGCCGAGAUAUUCUAACAAAACUGAUGAAAUCCGUCACAGAAGGGCAAAACAGACAACCAUUUCGGAAAACGGUUAGUUCGAAAUCAGGCGUUCGUCGAGUACGGGUCAACAAGUCCACGUGGCAGAAACAAAAAGAUCAAGAGAAACUAGGUGUAAGGACGGUCGAGCAUUCAGUGGAGAGGGAAUAUAUAUACAGAUAUAUUGAAGCACUGACGUCAUUGAAAUCUGGCACGUUCAAAUAUUUACAGAUAAGUGGUGGCAAGUAUUACAAGGAUCUCUCCUAUCAAGAUAAUCAAGUAAUACGAGACUCCAUUGAUAUAGCCAGUUUCAGGAUAUAUCUGACUGACGUACAAAUGGGCGGAGCAACAGUGUUCACAGAUCUUGGACACGUUGUGUCUCCUGUAGCGGGUACUGCAGUAUUCUGGUACAAUCAUGCGUCCAACAAUAAAACGAUAAACGGUGGAAAUAUGACAGAGUUCCCUGCACCAAAACAAGACAAAUGGGUAGCUACUGUUGUAAUACAAAAUGACAAACAAUGCACUAUUAAUCGUUUGUUUAACUGACAAUUUAUUUUAAUUGACUGCACAUGUAUAGUAUUGAGAUGGUCAAAUAUAUGGUCAGUGUUGAUAAGUUUCUGUGGAGACAAAAUAUUGUUUAUUAUAUAUAUGUUUUGCAUGUUAAACGUUGCAAUAUUCAAUAAAUUGAUUUUGUU